AGCGGAAUUAGUUGCGUCAAGAGCCUGAAGCUGGUGCACGCGCGGUGAGGCCUGUUUCUUCAAAGCCCGAAUUUACACAUAUUUUUCCUUCUCAUAUUUACCUAGACCAAGUGACUGUUUGUUGAGUUCUUCUUGCUGGGAAACCGUUUGUUGUGGCCGGCCUUGCAAUUUCAAUUCCUACCGGCCAUAUUUGUCGAGACCCGCCAUGACCCAUCAAAUCUCAUAGUGACGACACAGACUGAGAAACUCAUAGAAAACACAAUUACCAAGUCGUUAUUUGAGUGAACCUCGCUACAGAGGGCAUAUCUCAAGAUGACGAUACCACAAACGAAAGUCGCGACAGCGACAUCGGUCGCUAUCAGGGCACUCAGUUACUUCUUUUUACGAUGGGCUCUUGCUCCUCCAUUUCCCGCCCUUAUCUUUGCGUUAUUCGCUGUCUACCUGCCAUCAUUUGUGUCGGGAUAUCUGCAUGAGCCAAAGCAGGAACUAGUUGAUCAAGUUGAUGUCACAGUAACGGACAUUCCAAUCGAGGUUGAGGUUCCCGAGAAUGGCAGGAGAAACCGCGGGACCGAAAAGCUGGUGGCCGAACAGGUGGCUGUUGAGGAGACCCUCACGAUCGAAGACAGACCCCUGAACCCCUUAAAGACACUGCUCUCUGGUGCUCCCAACCCGCGGAGUUUGCUUCUGUCAGCUACCACGCUUCUCAUCAACGCUAUCUGCGUCGGCAUGGUCGCUGACCGUCUGUUCACCGAACGCUAUCACACUGGCGAUGACCUCUCUUUUGCCAGACUCGGCUUUGUCUCUGAACAUGAGGCCAAGCUUCUCAUUAGAGAGCCAGACCAGUCCAAGAUGCCCGUCACCGUCGAAGUACACAUCAAGGACCCGGUGGCGCCUUUUGACAACCCCCUGUGGCAGAGCGCUGGUGGUAUCAAGUUCACCACUAACGAAACCGACUACACCGCCGUUGUUCCCAUCCCCCUCCGGAACUCCAAGAUGCGCACCUACCAAUGGCGCACCUCGAACAACCACACCGGAGAGUUCACCACCCCUCCUCCCGUCGGCCACGCUGAAGAGGCCACCACCGGCCCCUUCACCUUCCUCUCCACCUCCUGCAUCGUCUCCCGACUCCCUUACUCACCGUUUGACCACCCCUUGGCCAUCCCAGGCUUCCGCUACCUCGCCAAGGUCCUCCCCACCCUCAACGCGCAAUUCAUGCUCUUCCUGGGAGAUUUCAUCUACGCCGACGUGCCCCGCUACUGGGGAAGUUCAAAGUCUGACUACAGGCAAAAAUACCGCCAGGUCUACGCCUCGCCCGACUGGCCUUCUGUCGGUCAAAAUCUCAGCUGGAUUCACACCCUCGACGACCACGAAAUAGCCAACGACUGGUCCGCCAACUCGACGGGCGUCUACAAGGCGGCUUUUGACCCCUUUGAGCACUACCAAGCAGCUGCUAACCCUCCCCCGGCACGCAGAGCAGGCGGCAUCGCCGCUCGCAAAUCGGCGACGUACUACUCCUUCACCCAAGGCCCGGCGAGCUUUUUCUUGCUGGACACGAGGACGUUCCGGUCGGAUAAUCAUCUUCCUGAUACAGCCGAGAAACAAAAGACUAUGCUUGGCCCUGAGCAGCUGGAGGACUUUUUGGCGUGGCUCAAGAAACCUGAGCCGAAAGGGGUCAAGUGGAAGAUUGUGGCCAGCUCGGUGCCGUUUACGAAGAACUGGCCGGUUAACACUCAGGAUACGUGGGGCGGGUUUUUGACGGAGAGGAGGAAGGUGCUGGAGGCGAUGUGGGAUGUUUCAAGGAGGGGGGUGGGGGUUGUGGUGCUUAGUGGGGAUAGGCACGAGUUUGCUGCGACCAAGUUCCCGCCGCCGGUUCCCGUGCUGGUGGAGGGAGAGGGAGAGGGGGAAGUCCAUGUGGAGGGGAGGGCGUGGCCGGAGGAGGCGACGGUGUGGGAGUUUUCGGCUAGUCCGUUGAGUCAGUUUUAUAGUCCGGUUGGGACUUAUAGGGAGAGGGAUGGGGAGGAUGUGAUGGUCAAGUAUAUUCAUAAGGGAAACUCCAAGUUUGGAGCGAUCACUAUUGAGAAUUUGGAGGGCGGUGAUCAAAGCAGCUUGAAGUAUAGGCUGUUUGUGGACGGGGAGGAGGUGUGGAACACGGUGCUUCUAUCGCCGAAGGGGGACCAGGCUCCGGCGAGGGGGUCGUUUUGGAGUAAGUUGAUUGGUGCUUAG